UUUGUCUACUGGAAAAGAGCUCCACCCGCUGAAGAGAAGGACUCCUCCUUUAUGUGUCUGGACACAAUGGUCAGUGCGCGGACUCUCCUCCUCGCGGUCACCUGCUGCUACGCCUACCUGUACCUCGUUCGCGCAGAGGACUCCUCAUUGGAGACGCGCUCGCUGGAUUUCACCCUGAAAACUCAACAAGAGAAAGACUUGAUUGACGCAUUGCAAGAAGUUCUGGAGAAACUGAGGAGCAAAGAGAUGCCAUUGGAGAAAAAGCAUGGAUGGUUACCUUCGUGUGACGCAGGGGAGCCGUGCGCCGUGCGUAAAGGCGCGCGUAUUGGCACGCUGUGUAGCUGUCCACGGGGGACUACUUGUAACUUCUAUGUUCUGAAAUGUUUGUGAUGAGGAAAAAAAAAGAUAACAGAAAUGCAAGAAAUAACGGAAGAGUUCAGGGCUGAUAAAAAAGAUGAAUGUGAGAAAUGACAGGAAGGUCUGCUUCUACUGUUCAAUACAUUUGUGAUAGAAAAUAAAAUGCUGUAGAAUGUGACUUUUUUUUUGCCUUUAUAAACAUUGACUGUUAUGAAUAAGGGUUUUUGUGAGUCUGUCGUUUUAAUUUUUAUUUUUUUCUCGUCCGUGUUAAUUAUUGUGUCACAUCAUUGUGUUAAUGAUUGCGGCAUC